AUGCCGCCGAAUUUGGAAGCAAAUGAGAAAUUAAAAUCCGUCAAAGUUAUUGUAAAUCCCGAGCGAAAGUACAUGGUCCAGCUGGAGCAGAGUGUGAGUUUUGAAUUUCCUGUCGAAAAGUUCAACUAGCGCACUAAAAAGCUUUUGUAAUAUUUUUGAAAAAAAUGUUGCGGGAUAUAUUAAUUUUGACAAGUCUAUGACGUAAUGUAUGUGAAAAAAAUGAAAAAGAUGAAUUAUCAAAUAGUGUUUAUAUUGCUUCCUCUGCUACUUUGUAGACUAAAAAAAACGAAAUUAUCCAAAGAAAAAGGUUAAAAUAACUGCUAAAUCAGUAAUACCAGAAAACCAUGCGGAACUUGCAAAUAAAACUGCGCCCAACCUGCGACUUCCCAAAUUUAUGUAUUCUACAGCAUUUCUGUUUUGUCUUGAUGGUAGUGAGCAAUGUCGUAAGUUUUGUGAAUUUACAGUAAAAAGCGUACCCGAUUUGCGAUUACCAAAAAGAGUCGUCAAAUAUUGUGCCGGGUACGCAAGCAACGAAUCUUACGCGCGACGGUAAAAAUUGAAAAGCACCGGACUAAAACAAAAAAAGUGACAAAAGAAGGCAAAAAAAAAAUGAGCACCGGGAUCUGGCGCUAAGAUGUCUUUUCAACCGUCGCGCGUAGGGUCCGUUACUUGCGUACCCGGCGCAAUAAUCGACGACUAUUUUUGGUAUUCGCAAUUAGGGCCCGUUUUUAUUAUUACCUUCGAUACCGCACUACCCUCUUUUUCUUGGAAUGUAUCAAAGAUUCAGUUCGCAAAUACGGAACGAUGGAACAUCCGACCCGAUGAGUUCAAAGUUUGGAAGAGCAGUUAUGACGGUCACUGGAUGAUUAUCGGCGUUGACGAAGGUGGGAAAAAUCUCUUCCUUCUCAAAAAAUCAUAUUUAUCCAGAAACGGAUCAACCAGUUUGCUGUGUGUCUCUGGCAAGAGAAAGGCUCCAAAAUGGGGAUCCAUUGUUCAGUAUCGGGUAUUUCUACUGUGUACCGACCUGGCGUGGGACGGGGUGCGGGAAUUUGGUUUUUGACACUGCUAUGGGUUAUAUUGGCGAAAAUGACGCCUAUCUUUUCGCAGGUUCGUUUUUUGUACUUCGAUUUAUUUAAUCGUUUUUUUGAGAAUACUGAGUCUUAUGAUUUAUUUUUUUCAGUGACUUUCCAUUACGGUUGCUCACAUAAAAAAAUUUGAUCCAAUGUUUAUCUUAAUGGUUACUAGAACUCCUAGAGACCCGUAAGCAUGCUCCCUCCCCCCCCAAUCUACAGUACUACUACAGUAAGACUAGACUACAUGUCUUACUGUAGUAUUGUGAUAUUACUUCAGUCUUACUGUAGUAGUACUGUAGUCGGGACACACUCUACUCCCGUAAGCUUGAACCACUAUAAAGACCACUACCAUUUCUCUGAAAUUUUGGUUUUUCUCUUUGAAUUUCCGAUCAUUUUCAGUCAUUACUUUCCUUAAAGGGUACUAAAAGUCCUAGAGACCCAUAAGCCCAGCUUGAACCCUAUAAAGACCACUACGGCUUCUCUGAAUUUUUGUUUUUCCCCCUCAUUUACCAAUAAUUUUCAGUCAUUAUCUUUCCUAAAGGGUAAUAAAAGUCCUAGAGACCCAUAAGCCCAAUUUGAAACCCUUAAGAGGCCCCUAGAACUUUUAACAUUUCUAAGCCCUUUCCUCAAAAUUUCCCCUCAUUUACAGUCGAAAAAAUGUCGCCUUGGUACGCAAAACGUCACGGAUUCGAUAAAAUCCUUCCUUUUUGGCAUAUUACCGUUGAUAUUCUACCCAAGGACAUUGUUCUUCCUGAUCCUUGCGGGAAAUAUCAAAUCAAGGUGAAUUUGAAAAAAGCCUCAUUUUGAAAGAAUAUUUUUUAGAAUUGUGAAGAAGCCGGGUGGGACAAAGUACACGCCUAUGAUUCUACAAUUUGUUGUAUUGAACGGAGGAAAUAUUUGGAAACGACCAUGGCUUGGCCUUCUACCGUUAGCAAGGUUUGCUUCGAAAUAAUUCUUUAAAAAAACUCUGGAAAACCAUCUAAAAUAGGACUUUUUCUAUCAAAAUUAGGCGCUUCUGAAGCUAUUUUUACAUCUCUACGAUUGAAAAUUCAGAUUAAUCGUUGCCAAAAUCAGACAAUUUUCACCCCUAGGUAUUUUUCAGGCCGCUGUGAACCAUGAAGGAAAAGUCGUCGGUUUCGGUUCAAUCCGAAUCAUAUCCCAGAAUGAACUUUACCCAUGUCUAAUCUACGGAGAAAGUGCUGUGAGUUAUUGAUUUUUUCUAAAACUCUAAAAAUCCUUCCAGGAAGUCGCUAAAGAUGUCCUAAUCGGCAUGUUAUCUGCAAUCGAUAACCUGGAAUCCUAUUCGAUGCUCUCAUUUCUGUUCCCCGAAACCAAUAAAGAAGUUUUGCCGUGAGUUCGAUUGCUACCAGCGACCAUUUUUGCCAUAUUCCACCAUUUCAGAAUCGUCGAGGAGCUUACUAAAGGUCAUUUUGAGUACCAUCCCCUUUACCGUAACCAGUACCGUAAGGCGAUUCGACCGGUUCCUUGGGAGAAAGUCUUUGCCAACGAUGAGCCCAGUCAUAGCAUUGUAUAACAUAUUUUUUCAACUAAUAAAAUUUUCCUUUGUUCAAACUACAUACAAAUGAGAGCGAACUGGAAGGUCAGAAAUGAAAAAAUGGUCUUCUUUAUCAAGAGAAAGUCGAUAAGAGCAGAGGGAAAAUAGAUAUUUCUCUCUUUUCUCUCAAUUUUUUGUUCCAUUCAUCAUUUUCCCAUUUUUCUUUUUCACUAACUUUCAGAAAAUAUCUCUUUUUCCGAUUAUUUCGCUGAUUUCAAGGUCACAUCUCCACUAUAAUAUGUCACCAACCGACAAUUCCACUACAAAACGCCCCAUCAAAGUUCUAAUCAAUCCAGGCCCGAAAUACUUUGAAAUCGUUAAAGAUUGGGUAAGAUCCUACUCAAAUAGAUUCGAAAAUCGGCUGUUUCAGAUAGCAAAAACGGAAAAUUGGCUAGUCAGGCCGAAAGAAUUCCAUCUUUGGUCCGAGAAGCUCGAUUCCUACUGGCUUUAUAUUGGUAUUGAUGAAGGUAAGCUUCAAAUUUCAAAAAAUUCGAUUUAUCCGAGUUUGCUUCACCUAGGCUUCAAAUUCUUAAAAAACAAUGAAAGUUACUCAUUUUCUGCGUUGAAUUGUGUAUUAUACAGUAAAAUGUAGCCUUCUAGUUUUUUGUUCUCAAAAACUUUCAAAAGCAAUAAAUUGUUCUCUACAGCCAUAUUGAGCCUUACAAGUGCGCUCUACGGCUAAACUUCUUUUUUUUUCAAAGAUUUAUUGUCCUUGGAGCUAACUUUCACCUGAUGCUGCUGCUUAAUGACUAAAUUUCAUAAGAAUUCGUGAAAAAUCGCUAAAAGGACCCUAUGAGAAUCUACAAAAUCUCCUGAAACUUGUAAAAAUCGGUUUUUCAACCUAAAAAUGCCAAGAGCUUCAAAAAAAAGCUUUUCCUUGACAGCUAAAGAAAACUUUUAAAAAAGUUCUCUCCAGCCAUAUUGAGCCUUACAAGUGCGCUCUACGGCUGAACUUCAUUUUUUUUUUUGAACCUAUUGUCUUUAGAGCAAACUUUCACCUGCUGCUGCUGCUGCUAAAUGACUAAAUUUCAAAAAAAUUGCUCAAAAAAAUUGCAAAAAAAGGACCCUAUAAAAGUCUACAAAACCCCCCCCGAUCUAAAAAAAUCGCUACAAUAUUCAAUAAGCUUUUUCCCUGACUACUACUCCUUGCCAGUUGAAACCUUGAAAGAGAAAUUCAAAUAGAAGGAUAAGGGCCUUGUUUAAAAACACCCCUUUUUUCCAGAAACCGAAGAGUUCGUCUGUUCGGUAGCCUUGGGGCUUCAACACACCCUCGAAGGGGAACCAAUCUACACAUUCGGAUUUUUCUACUGUGUUCCGAACCGACGAGGCUGUGGUUAUGGGAAACCACUUUUUAAAUUGGCAAUGGACCGAGUGGGACAAGAUAACGCCUCCCUGUACGCAGGUGAAUGAACCAUUACUUUUUUUCACUUUCAAAUAAUUUCUGUGCUUCAGUAUAUUGUAAACCUAGUAUGAAAAAACUUUUCGUAGAGUCAUAUUCUGAAUUUAAAGCCUUUUUCCGUUUCACUCUCUAACCCCUUUUCUUCCUUAAAGGGUACUAAAAGUCCUAGAGUCCCAUAAGCCCAAUUUGAAACCCUAUAAAGACCACUACAAAUUCUCUUGAUUUUUGGUUUUUUCUCUUUCAGUUUCCGAUCAUUUUCAGUUAUUUGUUUCCUUAAAGGCUACUAAAAGUCCUAGAGACCCAUAAGCCGCAAUUUGGACCUCUAUAAUGACCACUACAUCUUCUCUCCAUUUCUAAGCCUUUUUUCUAAAAAUUCCCAAUCAUUUCCAGUCGACGAAAUGUCUCCUUGGUACGCCAAAAACCAUGGAUUCGAGAAAAAACAGUCAUUUUGGCACAUGUGGGCUAAAGUUCGCCCUCAAAACAUUGUACUUCCAGAACUUUCCGGCGACUAUGAGAUCAAGGUUUUUUUUCCAUUCCUCAAACUCCAAACUGCUAGAAAUCCAGGAAAUAGAAGAAUCUCACUGGCCGGGUAUCCACUCCUACGACAGGGAGAUCAGUCAAAUCGAGAGGAAAAGCUACAUGGAGGCCAGCCUAACCGUGGAGGAUACUAUAACUCGGGUUUUCUCUUCGAAACUCUGUUUUUUGAUCGAAAAUUCAGGUGGCGAUAGAUAGAACACGUAAAAUAGUCGGUUUUGCGAGUAUUCGUUUCGUUUCUGGUAAUCAGAUUCAUGCUUCUCCGGUGUAUGCCGACGAUGAGGUAUGUCAAAAAAGGAAAAAAAAAAUUAAUGGAUCCAAGAAAAACAGGCUAUGAAUACUGGCUUUCUCACUGAGAAUUUCUAGUGAGCACUUUAGGGUUUUGACGUUUUAGUGGUCACCAUAGUAGUCGAAUUAGUGCUCACUAUAGUAGUCGAACAAGUGGCCAGCCGAGUGUCUAAAAUUAGUGGCCUUUUUAGAAGGCCGAGUGGUACGACUAGAUCUCUAAGAACUACUGUAGUGGUCACUAAGGCGCAAAAUAGUUGCUUCUAUAGAUGUGGAUUAGUGGCUCCUUAAGUGUCCUCUCCCAGUAAUCCACGAUGAACCUCUUGAGUGGAGACUAAAAUCUUUUCCAAUAACUUAAAAAUUCGACUUCGCCACCCCGAGAAACCCCUGUAGUGACCUCUAAGAUGCAAAAUAUUGUCUUCUAUAGAGAUGGUUAUAGUGGCCCCUUAGGUGGCUUUUCCAAUUAGUCCACGAGGAACCUCUUAAGUAGCCACUAGAAUUUCUUCCAGUACCUCAAAAAAUGCAACUUUCCCACCCCGAGAAACCCCUGUAGUGACCACUAAGGGGCAAAAUAGUUGCUUCUAUAGAUUUGGGUUAGUGGCCCCUUAAGUGUCCUGUCCAAGUAUUCCACGAGGAACCUCUUUAAUGGCCACUAGAAUUUUUUCCAAAACUAAAAAUGCAAAUUUUCCAUGGACUCUUAACCCUAAAAAUCUAACAAUUUUCCGUAGAAAUUCAAAAAAAUUUUAAAUUUCAAAAACUCGAUUGUUUUCAUUAGUUUAAAGAAAAAUCAAAAAAUCGCAAUUUUCAUGCUAUAAUUCCUCUUUAAAAGCACCUUCUCCUUUCAAAAAAAUAUAAAUUUUUCAGAAAAUCGCCCUAGACCUUCUCACCGUCUUACUGUCCCAAGUUCCCAACCUAGCCUCCUACUCAAACUUCGGGGUACUCUACCCUGAAACCAAUCACUCCGUUCAACGGUAAAAACUCCUUUUGCAUUAAAAAAAAUGAUCAAAUCCUUCAGGGUGCUGGAAAAACUGUCCCUAAACCGUCAAGAAGUCCAUCCAAUCUACCGUAACCAGUACCGUACUCAAAUUCUGCCAGUUCUUUGGGACAAAGUCUACGGAAACGACAAGACCACUCAUAGUAUCACUUAA